AUGUCUUUGGGCAUAUCCCUCUCACAGCUCUUGGUUGAAAAUCCGAAACCAGCUCUAAGCGGUAUCAAGGAAUUAGAUGACACAUUGGAUGGCUUUCAAACCAGGUCUAUAUACGAAGUUUUUGGGCCUCCAGGUAUAGGCAAGACGAAGCUAGGUCUUCAGAUAUUGAAAAAUGAACUAAAGAGAGAAAACCCAUGUUUAUGGAUUGACACGCACAAAGCAGCACAGCUACCCACUGAAUGUUCACGGGGCAAACUUCGAAGGAAGAAGAUAACCAAGUUUUCACAUCUGGUGUUUUUCUUCCAAGAACUGGAGGAGGAAUUCUCUCUUAUCAUCAUCGAUGGCCUCUCACAAAUCCUGACGGACUAUCUCUACGCUAACACACAAGUUUCCAGGACGAGUUCUCUACAUAGCUUCAAGAACAAGAACUUAAUAACUUUGUUUACUAUUAUGACGAAGUACACUCACGCUAAAAAGGCUACCAUCGUCCUACUCAAUGACGCGAUGAACACAGGAUAUCAAGAAAACACCGAAGACCGUCUAGUAGCCUACAAAGAUGAGUCCCAGUUUCUGGUCCGCUCACAGAAAAAACGUAGUGUUCAAGUGCUCAGAAGUGCUCUUGUGGCUAACAUCGGCGUCGGUAGCAAGGAUCACAUGUGGGAAGUCUUUCUCAAAAAUCGCAUCGGGCUGUUCUGGAGCUGGGACACACGCCGGUCGUUUGCCCGAUAUCCACCUAAGACGCGCGUUGCAAUUGUGUUCGAUAUGGCCGCUCGUGACGACGAUGAGCACCCUAUCGUGCGUUUCACCGUGGACGAAACUUCUCAUGACUUUAUCAGCUCUGAUGAUGAAUCUACUGACUGUGUUAUGUUUGGGCCUCCGGGCCUGCUGCCGUCUGGUCUUGUCCAAAAUAAUCUGAGUUCCACGACCUCGACGGACGACCCUGAUCCGAGAGAAGCUCUAAUCGAAUCUCAAGUAAACUCCAACGCCCACGUUGGCGACGAAUCUAGCGCACCCAGUGAUCCCGAGGCAGAUCGUGAGGUUUACCAAGAUUCAUUCGUCGCUAAUAAAAGACACAAGCUGGAUUUGCCAUGUACCCCGCGGCUGCGUAAAAUGACGAGUGCAGAAACUUUAUCUGCACCAUUGCCAGACCCUGCCAUUUACGAGUCAAGUGAUGAUUAA